AUGACGGGGAAAGAGGGCCCAAACAGAAAUGGUCAUAAACCAAACCUAUUCCAUUCAAAAUCGAGCUUCUUUCGCACAAACUCGCAGAUAUUCCCAAGACCAAGAUUUAACUCCAAGUACAUGGAAAAUGAAGAAUCGGGAGAUAACUUAGCAUUAAAGAAUCGUGCUCCGUAUAAUACAGUCAAAGGUGAAUUUACCGAAUCCUCCACCUCACCAAAGUCAUCACGACCAUCAUCAUAUGCUGCACCAUCUGGGCAAUCGGCCGCAAAAUCUACAUUGAAGUCUUUGUUUAAGUCCAGUGCAACCAGCAGAAGGCCAUCAAGACGUAACUCAUCUGUUUCAAACCUGUCACCUUCAUCAGAAUCAAUUGCAGGUUCAAGUGAAUCCAGUAUGGAAGAAGGGCGCAGAAUAGCUGACCAGGAAAGCUACAACGAAAAUACCUCAAUGAAAGAAGUACUGGGUAAGCACCAUAGCCAUUAUAACAGCAGACACUCAAAAUCGUCGUUUUCGCUCUCAAAUAUGAUUCCGAACCGGAGUAGUAGUCGGACAAACAUAUCGGCUUCUUCAUCGCAUAUAUUUCCAUUGAUAUCCAUUUCAAGUUCACACAGUAAUAGCCAUGAAAAUAUUCUCAGCCAUCAUAGUCAUAAAAACGAUAGAAGCACACCUGUCUCUCCUACAAGUGUGUCACAUUCGUCUGAAAAGGCCACAGCAGAAGCUGAUACAGCGACGAAUUCAAUUCCUUCAACAUAUUCCGGCUUCCAUGCAGUGAGAUUCCAUGGCGAUCAGAUCGUUCCACCUUUAUCGAAACCAAUAAAGCCGAGAAAGAGAUCCAGUAAGAGGUCUACUAUUUUGAAGAAGCUUAUUUCAAGCGGGCACGAGUCAAUGAAGAGGUCUUCAUCGGGUACGGAUUUUUUCAGAAGGAGCUCAUUUCAAACUGCUGAUAACCAGAAAUCUGAGUUCAGGAUAACAGAUAAAAAUGCUGCCGUUGAUAAAGCAGGAGUUUCCGAUAGAGAACAACAACACAGUGUAAUGAGUGGGGCAUUGAAGAUGUCAUCACCAUUUGGUAUUGAUUUAGAUACCGAGGAUGAUGAAAUGGCACAGAUUACAAACAUGUCAGCUACACCAAUAUCCAGAGUCAGCUCUGUAAAUACCGUUUCAUACGAGAAAAAUGCACGAAAAGAUUCUACAUCCGGAUGGCUUGCACCCGAAAGUUGGAAAGUGAAAACGGACAGACAGUUGCCAAGAGAUCAAGAUGAAGAUAAGUCUGCAGCUGGAGAUGAUCUCUCUGAUGAUAUGGAUUCUUCGUCGAAUAAUUUCUCCUUCUAUACGGAGACAACUACCUCGGAUGAUUCAAGAAAGAAUACUGGGAAAAGGGACAGUAAUGCUGAUAACACUAAAAAGCGUCACAAGGUUCAUCACUCAAAUGAAUUGAGAGGUGCAUCAAGAUCAUCUGUUCGUAUUUUCAAGGGUGAAAAGAGUUCAGUUCUUCCAUGCACUUUGGAAACUACAUGCAAAGACAUUCUAGACGCGUUGAGAAGAAAGCGUUUCUUAAGAUCCGAGGAGGACCAUAUUAUUGUGCUUAAGUGUGGUGGGCUCACGAGAAGUCUUUCAUAUGAUGAAAGAUUGUUGCGGAUUCAAAGAAACAUGCUUUUCCUAUAUGGAUACACCGAAAGGGACAACUUGGACUACAUAGAGAGGACUGAUUUGAGUUUCCUUUUCAAGUUCAUUGUUCAGGAAAGAGGUGUCGAACUAAUUAGUGAAGACAAACGUACUAUGAUAAAUCCACAGAAUGUUGUUCUAAGAAACUGGAAUAUACAGGAUAUUCCAAACUUCCUUUACGCUGAACCAAUUGUUAGUCUAGAUGUGUCACAAAACCCAUCAUUCAGGUUUACAAAGGAGUUUAUGCACGACUGUAGGAAUAUGCUGACAUUGAAGUUCACUAGAAGUGGUCACCCAUCUUUUCCAGCAGCUAUAGCAUAUGCUCCUAGAUUGACAACUUUGAACCUGGAGGUGAAUUAUAUUCGAAUCAUUCCACCUGAAAUUUCCAACCUUGAUACUCUUACUACUUUGAAUUUGGCAUGCAAUAGAAUUUCACAUCUCCCGGAUUCUUUUUCGAAGUUGAAAAGUUUGGCAUCUCUUAAUUUGUCAUCGAACAGACUUAAACGGAUACCAGACCAGGUUCUUGCAAUUAAAGGUUUACGUAGGUUGGAUCUUUCCUAUAAUGCUAUUACAAAAAUAAGCGACAAAUUGACCCAUUUGAAGGACCUGGUUGUUCUUCAAAUUGCAGGUAACAGUCUUACUGAGGAAUUGCCGGCUUUCUUUGAAAUAUUUCAGAAUCUCAUCAAGGUUGAUGUCCGUUUCAACAAAUUGAGUUCAAUCGAUUCGCUUAAGAAUUCUCCAAAGCUUGAAGUUAUUCGUGCUACUGGUAACAAUAUUUCAGUUUUCAGAAGUAGCACACCAUCUCUUUUCGAAGUAGAGAUGAAUCUCAACCCAUUAACAUACGUAUACUUUGAGUCUGAGAUGCCAAACUUAAAAGUGGUUGAUCUUUCCAAGGGUAAAUUAACAUCUUGUUCAUUUGUCGCUAUGCUAACAGGCGUCGAGAAAUUGACAUUAGAUAUCAAUCACUUGACGACAUUACCGGAGGAAAUUGGCAGUAUGGAGAAGCUUGUGCAUCUUUCAGUAUUUAAGAAUAAUCUAAACUAUCUUCCUGCAAGUAUAAGCAAGCUUAAAAAUCUUGAAUAUCUUGAUCUCCAUUUGAACAAUCUUAAUGGCUUGACCGACAGUUUAUGGCUUCUUCCAUCGUUGAAAUAUUUGAAUGUGUCUUCUAAUCUGUUGGAGGGCUUUCCACCAAUUCCAUCUAUUGCCGAUAUUGAUGGAAAAGAGGCUAGUUCUAUCACUACAGAAGUGGAAACCAUUGAUAAUGAUGAGGCCAGUGACAUUAAAUUGGAUGCUUUGAGUGAUACUUUGAAAUAUUUGAGUAUGAAUGAUAACAACAUUAGUGAUUCCGUGGUUCAUAUAAUUGGAAAAUUUAAAAACUUGGAGUAUCUUAACUUAUCAUACAAUGAGUUAUAUGAUAUUCCACCAGGACCACUUGCCAACCUUCAUAAGUUGAAAGCAUUGUACUUAUCGGGAAACUUUUUGUCAACACUCCCAAUAGAUGAUUUUGAUUCCUUUAAGGAUCUUACCAUCCUACACUUGAACGGAAAUAAGUUCCAUUCGUUGCCUGCAGAGUUGUCAAAGCUAAAGAAUUUGACAGCUUUGGAUGUUGGCUCGAAUAACUUGAAGUACAACAUUAGUAACAUUCCAUACGACUGGAAUUGGUGCUACAACAAAAAGCUUCAAUUCUUGAACUUUUCUGGUAACAAGAGACUUGAGAUAAAGCCACAGUUUAAUAGAGGGGAAACAGAUGAGCAUUUGGAUUCAUUUAUUGGAUUGCACGAUCUGCAUAUGCUUGGCUUGAUGGAUGUGACUAUUACUACUGAUGCUGUUCCAGACCAAACGGUGAAUGUAAGAGUGAGAUCUACAUCUUCCCAAUUAGGAAAAUUCGGAUAUGGUAUAUCUGACACUCUUGGAUCGAGGGAAGUGCUAACGACCAGAGAUGUGGUGUUGGAAAAAUUUAGAGGUCAUUCAGAUGAAAUGCUUUUGACAUUGUAUGAUGCAAAGAAUUGCUCACAAACACAUGGUGAUAAGAUAUCCAAGAUUAUUCAAGAAACGUUUGGAAUCCACUUUUCAAAAGAAUUGGAGUCUUUGGGAAAAGUGAUAAUUCCAGGAAGCACUCCUAAAAAUAUCGAGGAUUGCCUGCGUGGGGCAUUUUUGAAGAUGAACUCUGAAAUGAACAUUUUGAUAAAUAGGGAUACUUCUUCCACUUUCAGUUCUGCGGCUGCACACAGAACUCAAACCACAGAUAAGCUCAGUUUGGAAGAGGAUGGAUAUAGUGGAUGCUGUGCAGUUGUUGUUUACAUUAAGGGUGACAUGAUUUACCUAGCAAACUUGGGUGAUACCAUGGGUGUUCUCACAAAGUCAAAUGGUGAGUAUCAGGUUGUUACAACAAAGCACGAGCCUUAUGCUCCAAAGGAGUAUGAUCGAAUUAGACAGUCAGGUGGUUAUGUUACAACUGAUGGCUAUUUGGAUGGUGUUUCAGAAGUGUCUCGUGCAGUUGGUUAUUUCAAGUUGAUUCCACAUAUUACGGCAAGUCCGAGUAUUCACAAGUUCAAGCUUACCGCAAACGAGGAGAUGAUUGCGAUUGCCACUUCUGAUGUUUGGAAGAAGAUACCAUUUGAUCUAGCAGCCGAUAUUAUAAGGCAGGAGAAGUCGAACCCUGAAGUUGCUGCAGAAAAACUUAGAGACUUCGCCAUUUCUUAUGGUGUGUCUGACAAGGUGACAGCUGUUGUUCUUUCAUUGAGGCAGUUUACUACGAAGGCAAAGCAUCAUGAAAGAGGCACACUACCAGAAGAUUCGAUACUCCGGAAGCUUGAUGAGGAAAUCGAGCCACCGGUUGGCGAAGUUGCCAUGGUUUUCACUGAUAUAAAGAAUUCCACUUUGCUAUGGGACACAUUCCCUGUAGCAAUGAGAUCAGCCAUUAAAGUUCAUAACUCUAUUAUGCGAAGACAGAUGCGUAUUAUCGGAGGUUAUGAGGUGAAGACAGAAGGUGAUGCAUUUAUGGUUUCAUUCCCAACACCAACCUCUGCCUUACUAUGGUGCUUCUCUGUGCAACAGCUUUUAGUUAAUACGGAUGACUGGCCAGCUGAGAUUUUAGCUUCUGAUCAGGGAUGUGAAAUCAAGGAUGAUCACCAGAAUGUGAUAUUUAGAGGUUUGUCCGUCAGAAUGGGUAUCCACUGGGGUAUGCCUGUUUGUGAGAGGGAUAUAGUGACGAGAAGAAUGGAUUACUUUGGACCAAUGGUGAACAGAGCAUCCAGAGUUAGUGCAGUUGCUGAUGGUGGUCAGAUAACUUUAAGUAACGAUUUCUAUCAAGAAUUCCAGAAGCUUCAGAAGCAACAUAAACAAUUGAAAGAGAAGAAGCUGAAAAUUACCGAUGUGUAUACCUCCAAGGCCAUGGGACAGAUCAUUGAGGAGCAGAUGGACCAAUUAGAGCAAGUUGGAUGGGUAGAUAAACUACUUGGAACGAAAAAAUUAAAGGGUCUUGAGGCCCCGGAGAUGAUUUGGUUGAUAUAUCCAAAGUCGUUGAAGACAAGAAUGAGACUUUUGCAGAGCUCAAACGGAGAAAUAAACAACAAAGCAAGCAGAGUGACCACCGGUGGUGUCACUGCCGCAAAUAUAUGGUCACUAAGACAGAUUUCAUUACGUUUGGAGCGGAUUUGCAAUUAUUUAGCCUCCCAGGAUACGGUUAAUGAUGUCAUGGCACAUGAUAAAUACUACAAGGGAGUAUCUGAGCACGCUGAGAGUGUUCUUAGUGGGCAGAUGACUAAGGCGGAAAAUGUUACGAAUGUGUUCUUUGAACAUACGCUGACUAGAAUUGAGAAUUGUGUCCUAACACUUUCAUUACGAAGAGAUAUAACAGAUGGUUGUAUGGAGAAAUGCUCCGUGAGUGAUCUUAUUUCUCAGAUUCAUGAUAUCUUGAGUGAAUACAAGCUGAUAAAGGUUGCUCGGGACAAUAAAUAA